AUGUUAGUAUUGCAGGAGUCUACUGAUGUGUGUUUUGAAUUUGAAUAUGAAUAUAUAAAUUCAGCAGAAGAAGUUUUAAAUUCUAUUUAUAUGACAUCUAAUUGGGACGACCUUGAGAAAGCUUUCUAUUUAGCAUUGAUGGGUAUUUACAAUCAAUAUAUAGAGGAACGUUACUUCCGUCAUCGUUUGGCACGUUCGCAUAAUUUAAUAACUCACAUUAUGCGUGAUCUGAUGUGUAACCAAUCAAAGCAGUUAUUCAACCAUAUAUCCAGGCCUCGGGUAGUCAAAAAAGGAUGUUGCACCACGUCGACUUCUGGAGUUGUUUCUCGAAUCAAAAAACUAAGUCGAGGAUUUUGUUUUAGUGAUGGUUUCAGGAAGCGAAAACCUGAAUAUCCCCACAAACUAAAACAUUCUGUUGAUGGGGUUAGUGAUUUUAAUCUUAACUGUAAUGUUACGAUGACUGGACAUGUGGACACCGGAGUUUUUGGUCAGUCACUGGCUUUAGCACCAAAACACUUAAGUUGUCCAUAUAAAUCUGUACCGAUGCCUCAUCUAAAGCAAUAUUGUGUAUCCUACCAGGUUAUACAAAAUGGUGAUGUAGAUUCUUCUACAGUCAAUUUAAAUAUUCCUGAUUUGUGUAAAAAUCUUGCUGUACCACAUAUCACUAAAAGAUUGCUUGUUCGUGAUGAUUCAUGGCUAACCGAGUCUUAUACCUCAUCAGAAAUCCUUGACUCAGGCAUCAGUUCUGCAGAGUCCUCUUCUAAUUCCACAACUUCGUGUGGUAAUUUUAGUGACCAAUUAAAUUUAACCCCCUUCAAACCAACCAAUGAUUUGCUGCUAUCCAGUCACAUAGUUCCCAUUCGUCCUCGAUCAAAUUCUGAUUCUGUUUGUGAUUCCGUUAUGAUGAAAUCAAAAAACCAAUAUCCCAACUUUACGAAUCAAAUCAUAUUGUCAAGUAAAUCAACGAACAGCGGACUCUCAGAGACUGGUCUUGUGACAAGCGUAAUUGAAUGUCUUUCUCAAUCUGCCGAUAAAAUAAAUACUCCCUUCCCUGCACCCCAGAAACGACGUCGGGGACGUCCCUCCGGAAAAUAUAGUGCGAUAUCAUCUUUAUCUGAAAACCAGAAUACUGAAAAGCAAAAUGAACAAACAUUAUUGAUGCGUAGUAUGUCAAACUCAAAAACCAGUGAUAUUGGAUCUUGUGGAAAGACUCAGUAUCAUUCAUCCGGAAACAGAACGUCUCAAGUUGAUAUUUCGUCGAAUCUGGAUAUGUACAAUUCCAUCAAAAGUCUUACCUGGUUAGUUGAAAAUGUAGAAACUCCAUUGACGGUCCCUGUGCAUCGUCGUCGUGGACGUCCACCUCGUAAUCCUAUUUCGUACAAUGUUUGUAGUGCUAAAAAGUUUGAAAAAACGUUUCUUACGUAA